AUGGUCCUUCUGUUGGCGAAGGAAACCAAUCGACGAGCGCAUGUAAUCUUGGAACAAUGGAAUAAGAAAAAUGCUGACACAGCAUAUCCUUUGAAUGCUGAAGUCUACAUGGUUCGUCAGCCAGGAGCAACAGCUACAACUAAAGAUGCCAGUCGAAUUCGUAAUUUAGUGAAACGAUUGGUACAUACUUGGAUCAAUAAAAGACGAUCCAUCACUACAGAUAAUUAUUUCAACAGUGCAGAAUUAGCAGAAGAUCUUCUAGGUGUUCAAACAACUCUUACAAUUGUUGACGACGAAAAGAAAAAGCCAGAAAUCAUUUUAUAUUACAAUAGCAUAAAAGGUGAUGUUGAUCAUAUGGAUCAGAUGGUUCAAACUUAUUCUUUUGAUGUUGGUGCUAUUGCUGCUUUUGUGGUAUGGACAACCAGAAAUCCUCAAUGGAAUGAAAAGAAAAACUAUCGUCGACGUUUAUUUCUAAUGGAAGUAGGCUAUGAUCUUCUUCAAUUACAUUUGGAUCGACGACAACAUCAACCACGAGCACUUCAAAAAAAUGUGCGACUAGUUACAUGUGAAUCUUUUUUCCUAUAUAAUUUGACUCAGAAACAAAACCAUUUUUUUACCAUCGAUGUAACUCGAUGA